AUGCGUCGCUCUAUCCUGCUUGCCUGCUCCGCCGCCAAGGGGGGGAACUGGGCAUCCAUGUCCGAUGCAGAGAUCAUGAAACAGGUGGAAGAUAAGAAGAUUGCAUUUUACGGUCUUGAACAGGCACUUGCCCCCGACUACGACCGCGCCAUCGCCAUCCGUCGUGAUAUUGUCAAGAAAAAGAUGUGCCCAUCCUCUGCUGCCACACAUCCGUUGGAGAGGGUGCCUUACAAGAACUACGACUGGGGCAACGUUGUGGGCCAGAACUGCGAAAACAUUCUCGGCUAUGUUCCAGUACCGGUGGGAUUGGCUGGUCCGCUGCUGUUGGAUGGAAAGGAGGUGGGACUACCGAUGGCGACGACGGAGGGUGCACUGGUCGCGAGUACGCACCGUGGCGCGCGUGCCAUCAACCUGAGCGGUGGCUGCCGGACGGCAGUACUGAAGGAAGGCAUGACGCGUGCCCCCGUAGUGGAGGUAAGCUCCUUCGACGAGGCCAUCGCCUUGGUCAAGUUCUGUGAGGAGCGGUUCGACAUGCUAAAGGAGGCCUUCGAGUCGACUACCCGCUUUGGAAAGCUGCAGAGCAUCAAGUGUGCCAUGGCGGGUCGUCAGGUGCAUAUGCGCUUCUCUGCCUUUACUGGGGAUGCGAUGGGCAUGAACAUGAUCACGAAGGGCUGCGACAAGGCGCUGCGGGUGUUGCAGCAGCACAUUCCCUCCAUGCGGGUGCUGGCUUUGUCGGGUAACUUUUGCACUGACAAGAAGCCGUCCGCAGUGAACUGGGUGGAGGGACGCGGAAAGUCGGUUGUGGCGGAGGCCGUCAUCAAGCGUUGUGUGGUCGAAGGCGUUCUCAAGUGCACCGUUGACAGCGUUGUGUCGCUGAAUGUGACAAAGAACCUGCGCGGCUCUGCACUUGCUGGGUCCAUCGGCGGUUUCAACGCACAUGCCGCCAACAUCGUGGCCGCGCUCUACAUCGCAACUGGUCAAGACCCCGCGCAGGUAGUGGAGUCCGCAACGUGUAUGACGACGAUUGACAAGGUGGGUGAGGAUCUCAUGAUCAGCCUGACGAUGCCGAGCAUCGAGGUUGGCGCCGUUGGCGGUGGCACAGGCUUGUCAUCGCAGAGCGCCAUGCUGGAGCUGAUGGGGUGCGCGGGUGCUAACAAAGAAGACCCGGGUGCCAAUUCCCGCCAGAUUGCACGCGUCGUUGCAGGCGCAGUCAUUUGCGGGGAGCUGUCCCUCAUGGCCGGCCUUGCCGCUGGUCACUUGCUGAGUGCCCACAUGAAGCUGAAUCGAAAGCCCUCGAGUCAGUAA